AGAAAGCCAGUUCUCUUGUGCGAUCGAGAAUGUUAUGUAAAAAGGAUCAAGAAGGAUCCAAGUAAACGCUACGCAACUUAUUUCCUAGGCAAGCACAAUAAUACAUGAAUCUGAAGAGCAUAAAAUAUACGUGAGCAGUGAUGGUGGUGUAAACAUUUUUUUAUAUUCGAAAUUUAUUCAACUCUUAUAAGAAGCAAGAAUUUUUUCACCCUUUCACUCCAUAUUAACCCCGAGUGUGUGCUUUUAUUAUACUCCGCUAGUCUAAUAAACAUGGACCCAGAAGCUUUCUUGUUCAAGUGGGACCCAAGAGGUGCAAUGCCACCACCAAGCCGUCUAUUAGAACCGGUGGCGCCACCACAACCUCCUCUACCUCUACCACCACCACCACCACAGCAGCCGCUCCCAACAUCAUCAUACUCCAUACGGAGUACGAGGGAGCUAGGAGGACUGGAGGAGUUGUUUCAAGCGUACGGCAUACGCUAUUACACGGCCGCUAAGAUAGCGGAGUUAGGGUUCACGGUGAACACUCUAUUGGACAUGAAAGAUGAGGAACUUGAUGAUAUGAUGAAUAGCCUCUCGCAAAUAUUUAGAUGGGACCUACUCGUCGGAGAAAGGUACGGUAUCAAAGCGGCGAUUAGAGCUGAAUGGCGGAGGCUGGAAGAGGAGGAAGCACGCCGCCGCGGACAUAUUCUCUCCGACGGUGGAACUAAUGUCCUUGACGCUCUAUCACAAGAAGUAGGGUUAUCGGAGGAAGCAGUGCAGCAGCAUGAGAGAGAAGCAGCGGGAAGCGGUGGUGGGGGGACAUGGGAAGUGGUUGGUGGUGGGAGAAUGAAACAACGGAGGAGGAAGAAGGGGGCGGAGAGAAGAGGGGAGGAUGAUGAUGAAACGGAGGAAUUAGGAGAAGAAGAUGAAGAGAAUAUGAACGAGGGUGGAGGAAUAAGUGAGAGGCAAAGGGAGCAUCCGUUUAUCGUGACAGAGCCUGGGGAAGUGGCACGUGGCAAAAAGAACGGCUUGGAUUACUUAUUUCAUCUUUAUGAGCAAUGCCGCGAUUUCUUGAUCCAAGUUCAGAAUAUUGCUAAGGAACGAGGUGAAAAAUGCCCCACCAAGGUGACGAAUCAGGUGUUCAGGUACGCAAAGAAGGCAGGGGCAAGCUACAUAAACAAGCCAAAAAUGCGACACUAUGUGCAUUGCUAUGCACUUCAUUGCCUUGAUGAGGAUGCUUCCAAUGCUCUGAGGAGAGCUUUCAAGGAGCGAGGAGAGAACGUCGGGGCAUGGAGACAGGCGUGUUACAAGCCCCUGGUGGCCAUAGCUGCUCGACAAGGCUGGGAUAUCGAUGCCAUCUUCAAUGCACAUCCUCGACUUGCCAUUUGGUAUGUCCCUACCAAACUCCGCCAGCUCUGCCAUUCUGAAAGAAGCAAUGCUGCUGCUUCUAGCUCCGUUUCUGGUGGUGUUGCUGAUCACCUGCCGCAUUUCUAAGUUGUGCUUCUGAUGAUGCCAUUUAACUAAGUAGAUCUACUGAGUUUAAUCUCUCCGACUUUGCCUCUAUAUUAACUUCCCUACUUUUUUUUCUACUGGUGAUGUAAUCUUUUCGGCUUAAAGAUCAAAAUUUUCUGCUUAACAUGGGUGUCCCUCAGUUCACUUCUGCAAA